GCUACUGUGGUUACCAUUUGGUGUGACACACAGACGUAUAUGGGUAAUAUAAUAUAAAUUUUAAAAUUGUGUAUCACUUAACUUUGCUCAAAGUAUAACAAAAAGCGCAGAUUGAAGAAAGCCUACUACAUUCCUACUACACUAUGUCAAUGAGGAGUGCCAGCAUGACACAAGCGCAUGAGAUAGCACACAAAACAGAACCUCAACCCAAACAACCACACACUUGAUUGUGAGACAAUAUGUAAACAAACCAACUCAAAAUAGAAUUUUUUCUUUUUCCUAACUAAUGACGUAAAAGUUUUAACAACUAUAUUGAGCAAAGAUUAGAAAUAGUAAAAGUUUUUUUAAAAAAAGAAACAGCUGAAGAACAAAAAUGAAAUUUCAUCUUAAAGUGAUAUAUGGACCAAGAGAAAUUAUCUGAAAAAAUAAUGGUUACUUAAAAAUAAUAAAUAUCAAAUCGUGGUAGUAUUACAAUGUUAAGUAGUAGUAAUUAUAAACCAAGGUACUUGCAAUUCCAAAAUACAAAAAAAUACAACAAAAAUUUGGAAUGUUUGUGGCAAGAAGCUCUUAUAAUACAAAUACCACAACGAAAAGCAAAAGUAGUUUAAAGGCUAAUUUCACAUGAGCAAGCAUUGAAGUAAAGUUUCAUCUAACCAAGCGUAGCUGUAAUUUUGCACAAAAUAUAGGUAACAACUCUAAUGAUCAACAAUGGAAGAUAAAACAUCAUUCAAGACAGCAACUAUAACACUUGUGAGUCUGCUGGCAAUACUGGCAACGUUUUUAAAUGCAGUAUGCAUCUUUGUAAUUGUGACAUCAAAAAAACUGUUGCAGAGACCUUCAAUGUAUCUAAUUGUAAAUUUAUUAAUUGUUCACUUCCUGCAAGGCUUGGUGGUUUUUCCUUUUUAUGCUGCAAAAAAAGAAAAAUUUGAAUCAUUUAAACAAAAUCAAAUUAUUUGCGAUGGCUUUCGUUUCUCCUACAUGGUUACAUUUUAUGCCGCCAUCUGGAAUGUUUUACUUAUCAGUGUUGACCGUUUCUUGGCCACAUGGUUUGUGAUGCGGUAUAGAGAAAUUGUCACAAAGAAUAGAGUGAUAGGUAUCAUUGCGCUAUGUUGGGCAUAUGUCUUAUCCCUGUGUUUAAUUCCAUUUAACUCUGAGGAAUAUAUAAUAAAGCAAUCAGUCUCCGCUUACAAUGCCUCAUCAGACACCAGAAACACUACUGUCUUUUCCAAAGUCCACGCAAAAUGUCGGUAUCAACAAUCAUCACUUUGGACAACCUUAAUGCUUGCGUGUAAUUGUGUGGUUCCAUAUGUUUUUGUAGUUUUGUUUUAUCAAAUGAUCCUUUAUCAAAUACGAAAAAUUGAGGGGCGGUCAAGAUCAGCUACUACGAGCAGUUCAUACUCAGUUGAAAAUCAAACAAGGGUGGAAGAAAAAAGAGUACUAAGUAAAAAAACUAACAAAAAAUGUGAAGAUGUCGAAGUACGCAAAAACAAAAAACUCACAUAUCUGGCUAUGUUUUUAUCAAUUUCUUAUUUCUUUUUUUGGUCACCAUCUGUCAUUUACUACAUCCUGUGGAGUGUCUGUCCAAAUACUUGCUUUUCAAAAAACUACAAGACCUCUCCAGAAGAACCAUAUGUUGGCUUUCUUACAAAAUAUCUUGCGUUUCUAGAUGCACUUGCAGCACCAUUGAUCUAUUGCUUACAUCAUGAAGAGUUUCGAAAAAUAAUGAGACAAAAAACCGGGCGAAAUAAAGAACAAAGAGAGUUGUUGACAGAAUCACACAUUGCUGAGUAAGAGACAGUGAUUUUAAACAUAACAAAGAAUGUCUUCAUCAAAAAUUUGCAAAAAGAAGGUAAAGUGUAGAUAGAUUGCAAAAAAAAAAGAAAAUGUAGUUGGAAGAGUGACAAUAUAAUUGCGAGAAAAAACAUUUUAAGUAUAUAAAUAAUUAAAACAUAAUUUAGUCAACAAAGUCCUUAGCAGUUAGAGCAUGUGAUUUUUCAGUUAUAUUUGCAUCUAAAAAAUGCUUAUUAUUAUCAAAGGAUUCGAUGUUUUGUUAUAAAACUUGUUUGUCAACCUUAAUACCGAUUCUAUUCAUUAAACAAUUAAUCAAAGCAGAGCUUGCAAAAAUGUACUAUGAAUUAGAGUCACAACAAAAUUUCCCUAAAGUGAUGGUUUUCAUGUUGUCCAUGACAAGGUUUUUACAAAUUACUACCUGACGAUAUUUUAGGCUAAUUGAAGAUUGUAUUUUAAUUUUGUUUACUCAAGGUAACAGUGAAAGUAUCA